ACUAAAUGGCAGUGUUUCUGUCUAGGGCGUAAUCGGUGCCCUUGAAGAAGAAAAGGAGCUCCUGACGAUGUCGAUUGCCGAGUACCUGAAGGAAUAUCAAGAGCUACUGGAAGUGAAAGCAGGCCUCAGCCUUGAACUCGCGACUUACAGAGCCUUGCUUGAAGGAGAGGACAGCCAGUGGGUUAUUACAUGGACUGAUCAGCAAGGAAGAGAAUUACCAAAAGAUGUCAGAGAUGCAUCUUACAACUAUAGUAAUGUUUACUCAGGCUACCGAGAAGGAAAAAAGAGACCCUUGCCGGUAAUCAAGAGUCCUGACAAAAGACGUAUACCACCACUAACAAAUAUCCGGAGCUCUGCACUUUAUUCAACUCGAGCAACAGGUGCUAGACCGCAAACCUCAGCUGGUGUGAAAGUUGUAGGAAAAGAUGUAUUUGGUCCAACAUAUCGUCCUUCAGUCCCUAUCAGAAAAGAUGUGACUCGAGAAGCUACGAAAGACCACAGAGAGUUCACAACAUUUACUCCAGUACACAGACUUCAUAAAGAGACUGAAAUUUGGCAAAAAACAUAUCCUGAAAGAAAGAAAGCAGAAGCUACAGCUGCUUCCUCAGUUUCUUUUGAAAAAGAGGCAACACAUGUUCAGAAGCCAAGUAAGGACUAUGUAGCUGACACAAAGCCAGGCAUUUCCAAAGGUAUAAGAACAAAAUCUUAUGAGCUAAACUCCAAUUUUAAACAAGAUGAGUAUGAACAAAAGAAAGCUGAAACUCGUACUGUACUGCUAGAAAACAGAGAACGAGACAAACCAGUUGAGGAGAGAGAUAUUAUUUUGGAGAAAAAGAAAAUGGAUGAUAAACUUACUGUGGAAGAAAAAAGUGUCAAUUUUGGAAAGACUGAGGCUCAACCAGGCCUUAAUAAAAGGUUUAUAUUGGGUGAUCUACCUGAAUGGAACAAAAAGGUCAAAGAUGUGACCUUGGAAUCGAGGAGGAAGGAGACUAUUGAGAUACCCAUCUCUUUUGAAAUGCACAGUCCAGACAAAACAUCAAAGACCAGUGAUGUAGAAAUAACAUUAGAAGGUCUUAAAACUGCUGCAGGAAGAGAGAGGGAUGAACACAGAACGAAACAUGUCGACACUCGCAAUGAGAAUAUUCCAGAAAGAGAAAUCAACCUGGGAGACAAAGAGGGAGCGCGUGACAAAAGCAGCCCUAAAAUAAGUUCUUCACUGACAGAAAACAUAGCAGAAAAUAUUGUUGCUGAUAUUCUUAAAAGUUUUGUGCCAUCUUCUGGUUCAGAAACAUCAGGAGAUACAAAAGUUACUUACCAUGAAAAGAAAGAGCAUUUUGAUGAUGGAAAAGUGAAAACCGAGAUCACAGUACAAUCUACAGUCCAAGAUGAAGUUGACCUAGGAGAUGUAUUAAAUAAGGAUGCUAAAAAGGGGUUUUUGGAAGACAUUGAGGGAACACCCUCCAAAGAGGAGAUAGAAGAUAUAAUUAAUGUUGGCCUGAAAGGGAGAGAGGGUAUGGGCAAAAUGUCUGUUAAUGUUGAGAUCAUCGAGGAGCCACUAGAUUCUCCAGUAGAUGAAAGGAGUGAAUUUUCUACACCAUUUGAAGUGGAGGAGGUAGAGGAUACAUCCCCUGGCUUAGAAGGGCGUUACGGUGAUGAAGAGGAACACAACCUCACAAUGACAGGUCAAAAUCUAAAAAAGAAAACAGAGCCUUGUGACCGUUUCACUCAUGUGGAAGAAGUCACCGAGGCAGAGGAGACUACUGAUGAGCAGAAAUAUUUUGUAUCUGUUCCAGAUGAUCACCCCUCAGCUCAAGAAAAUGACGAUGACUCGGUGUACGGGCAAAUUCACAUAGAGGAAGAAUCAGCUAUUAAGUAUUCUUGGCAAGAUGAAUUUUUGCAGGGCAUGCAAAGUAAGAAAGAUGAUGGCAUGAGAUCACCAGAAGUAACGUAUCAGGUUGUUGGGGAGGAAGCAAGCGCCCAUAUCUUAAAAGAAGAACAUCCAAGAGAUGAAGCAUCGCAUGUUGAAUCCAUUGUCAUUGAGAGAGACAUUAAAAUACCUCAUGAAUUUCAGACCUCAAUAAAGGAACUUUUGUCAAAAGAAACGAAAGACCCGAAACAUCAAUUGAAAGAGGCGCUCGAGCAGUUAGAGGGAAGUCUUCCAGAGAGUGUGAAAAAAGAACUAUCUGCAUUAACAAAAGAAAAUCAAGCUGACUCCAGUAACCUGGCAGUUGAUAUAAAAAAAGUUGAGAAGACUGAUGAAGGUGGUUCAGUGACAUUUGUUGCUGAAGUCAGCCUAUCCCAAACCGUUGACCCUGACCAGUAUGAUAUCCAGUUUGAUAUACCGCAGUUUGAUGAUGUAAUCAUGAGUGAGAUGGAGAAGACAUCACCGUGGUCUCCAAAAAAAGAAGGGGUUGAACACAGCAAACAAAGGUCAGAAAGUCCGUCUGGUGGCAAAAGCAGCAUACAAAUAGAUCUUUCCCCAGGCAGUAAUAAGCCCGCUCCCUUUGCUAGUCAACAGGUUUAUAACUUUUCCAGUGUGAGAAUCGGUGAUGGUGAUGAAUAUCAUGCCCCAGAACAAGCUCUUCGCCAAGGUCCGGUUUCGGAAACCCUGGAAUUUGACAGUGCAGGAGGUGUCUCCCCCUCACGUUGGUCAGCAGAUGUUAACAAACACGCGAGGCAUACGAGUCCAACAGAAAUUCAGAGAACGGAGAAGAGGAUAUAUGAAGGGCCUAUUUCUGAAACUCUAGAGAUCAGUGGUACCGAAGGUCUUGUUCAGACAGAAGGGUCAUCGGAUAUCAGCAGGUCAGUGAAGCAUUUUAAACUGGGUCCUAAAGAAAUUCAAACCACUGAAGAAAUUAUUUAUAGGGGGCCUGUUGGUCUAGAAACGGGUGCACCCCCAAACCUUGCUCAGUCACCAUUUGGAACUGACAUUAAUAGGUCCAGAAGGCACGUCCUGGUAGGGUCACGGCAGAUUAUGGAAGAAGUCACUUUUGAAGGGCCCAUUUCAGACUCUGGUGGCACAGGAGAUCUUCCUCAAGAAGGGUCAGCAGAUGCCAGCAGAACAAUAAAGCAUUUUAGGUUAGGUCCCAAAGAAAUUCAUGCUGAGCAAGUCAUAUUUAAAGGGCCCAUUUCUGGAAGUGUAGAGGUCAGUAGCACUGGUGACCUGUCUCAGACUGACAGUUCAGUAAUGCACAUUAGAUUAGGGCAAAACCAAUUUCAGUCAACUGAGAAAUUCAUAUAUGAAGGGCCAGAAACAGUGGAACCCAGCAGUGCAAAAGACCUAUCUCAUGAGAUUUCAGAUACUAAUACAUCUGUUAGGCAUAUUAGAAUAGGUCCUAAAGAAUUUAUGACAACUGAGCAAAUCAUCUACGAAAGCCCCAUUUCUGAACAUCUGGAAUUCACUGAAGUUGGUGACAGUUUUCGCUCUGAAGGGUCAGUAAAGCACAUUAAGCUAGGUCAAAAGGAAAUCAAAACUACUGAACAGAUCCUAUACCAGGGCUCCCUUUCUGAAUCUUCUGAGUUCAGUAGUGCAGGAGGAAGCCCAUCAGAGACUGGAGGAACCUCCGAUUUUGAUAGCUCCAUCAGGCACUUCAAAUUGGGUCCUAUAGAAACUCAUUCUGAGCAAAUCAUCUUCAAAGGGCCCAUCUCUGAAGCAUUGGAAGAUCUUUCUCAGACAGAAGAGUCGUCAGAAAGCAGCAGAUCUAUGAGACGCAUUAGAUUAGGACCCAAGGAAACUUCUUUUACUUUCCAAAUGGAUGUAACUAAUGUAGGGGCAGCCCCCUUGGUGGAAGAGGGAGAAGAAGCAGCCACAAUUUUUGUAUCCAGUAGGAAGGAGCCUGAUGUCAGUUGGUCACGGGUCAUAGUUGGAAGCGACCAGAAGGAUGCAGAGAAUGAAAGUACCAGAGCAGGUGCCUUUUUUGAUUCUUCCCAGGGUCACAGUGAACAACUAACAGAGAAAUCAGUGUUCAAUAAAACUGUAGAACUGCAAAGAAUGGUAGACCAAAGGUCGGUAGUUUCUGAUGAAAAGAAAAUUGCCCUUCUCUAUCUGGACAAAGAGGAAGAGGAGGAGGAGGAAGAUAAUGAUGGGCAGUGGUUCUAGAAGGCACUUCAAUGAAAUGGCUUAGUAGCUUGUUCACCAUGGGUAUUUUUGACUGUUUUCCUUUUUUUUAACUAAGAUAAACUUUCCACGGACUGAUAAAUUUGAAAUCUAAGUCUCAAUCUAUGCAAAAUCCUUCAUCUUUGUUGGAGCACUUCUCUAUGGAGGAGCCUUGCUACUGCAAUUUUUCCCCCUUCCUGACCUGGUUCCAUUUACUUUGGAUACCUGGAUCUCCCAGGACAGGAAACUUCCACUGGGGAAACUGCAAGAUCACAUGUAUUUUAUAUAUGUGUCUGAUCCACAAGUGUAUGUUGUUUUGAACUGGAGUGAAUGCUGUAUUGUAUUUGGAUACUAAAAUAAUUCAGCAUUUCUGUUUGAAUUUGAAAUGAUUAUAUCCACAAGUAUAAUGAAAUGCAAUAACUCAGUUACAAUAGUAUUGGAGUAAGCCAUGUAGACAGCUGAUUUCUGGUUCCAUUUUAAUGUGCUUAUAUGCAAUACCUAAUAGCAAGAUUUCAGCAACCAUUAAAUAAUGACAUCUAUGAAUUAAGAAUAUAUGUUACAUUUUAUCAUUUAUAUAAUAAGAAACGACUGUACCAGGCAUAUAUUUUAGAGAAAUGUUUUGGUCAGUCUUGAAGAGAAUAAUCUGGUUAACAUUUUUAAAAAGAACUGGUCAGUAGAAAAAUGGAUAAAAUCCAGAGGCCAGAUCCCAUUCAUACCAAAGUCAGUGGAAAACUCCUUCCAAUUUCAGCAGCGUGGAUAUUAAUAGUAUGAACUGGUUAUUUUUAGUGUGCCAUAUUGCCUUGAUUUUGUUAGGUAUUGUAAGAACCUAAGGUCACUGUGACAGCAUGUCAGAUAGCACAAUGGGAUUAACUAAUGUGCUGUCUGCUCUGAAAAAUUAUUGUAAAAAUGCCACUGAUGGGUCCCUGUUUAUUGUGCCUCAUUUCCCAGAUCAGCCUUUCUCUCCUCACAGAUAAAAGGUGCCUUAUUAACUGCUAGCCCUGCAAAUUCAACCUGGGACCUGAAAUUUUCAUUUGUUUUUUUUUGGGGUUGAGCAUAUUAAAAAAUAAUAGAUGCCUUGACCAAAUUCUGCCUUCGCUUACAUCAAGGGCGGGCAAUUAUCCUGGGCGGAGGGCCGCUUACUGAGUUUUGGCAAGCCAUCGAGGGCCACAUGACA